AUGGCUACCCGAGCGAAGAGGAAGGCCUCAUAUCCGGCUGACGCCCGGCCCCAGAAACAACACCGCUCCUGGAACGGCAAGGUUUCCGCCGGCGACAACACUCCCGACGGCGAGGUCGACAACAACCAUACCUACGGCCCUGAUUCAGAUUCCGAGAUGGACACAGCAAACCCUUCACAAAUCUCCGCCAUGCUCGAGCUACCCCACGAUUCCCUCGAAUGGCAAGAGACCAUCGAAAGGGUAGUGCCCACCGUCGUUUCCAUCCGGUUUUGCCAGCCAUGCUCCUUUGACACGGAGUUUGCUGACACUAGCGAAGCCACGGGCUUCGUUGUCGACGCCGAACGAGGAUAUAUUCUAACGAAUCGACACGUCGUCAACGCCGGUCCUUUCUGGGGAUAUUGCGUGUUCGACAACCACGAAGAGGUUGAUGCCUACCCCGUGUACCGAGACCCCGUUCACGAUUUUGGUAUCCUGCGGUUCGAUCCCAAAGCUAUCAAGUAUAUGCCUGUGACGGCUCUACAGAUUCGUCCAGAUCUGGCAAAGGUCGGAAUCGAGAUCCGUGUGGUUGGUAACGAUGCGGGAGAAAAACUUUGCAUCCUUUCCGGUGUAAUUAGUCGACUGGACCGAAAUGCCCCCGAUUACCAGGAAGGAUACAGUGACUUCAACACGUGCUACUACCAAGCAAACGCCGCCGCGACGGGCGGUAGUUCCGGCAGUCCCGUCGUCAACAUCGAUGGCCAUGCCAUCGCCAUUCAGGCUGGCGGCCGUACCGACGGCGCCUCCACCGACUACUUCCUACCCUCGACCGAGCCGCCCGAGCCCUGCGCUGCAUCCAAGAAGGCAAGCCCGUCGACCGGGGCACCAUACAAUGCCAGUUCCUUCUCAAGCCCUUUGACGAGUGCCGCCGCCUCGCGUACUCGCCGCCGAGAUUGUGUUGCCGGAAGGCCCUCGGACAAUAAGAUUGAGGAGGGCGAUGUCCUCAUCAAGGUCAAUGGCGAGCUUCUUACCCAGUUCAUCCGCCUCGACGAGAUACUAGACGACAACGUGGGCCAGAUGAUUCAGCUUCUCCUCCAGCGAGGAGGUGAGGACGUCGAGGUCGAGAUUGAGGUCGGCGAUCUUCACAAGAUCACCCCCGACCGCUUCCUCACCGUGGCGGGAGCUCAAUUCCACGAUCUUUCCUACCAGCAAGCGCGCAUGUACGCUGUUGCCUGCAAGGGUGUCUACGUCUGUGACGCGACGGGCUCCUUCCGGUUCAAUGGUGCGGAGAAUGGCUGGAUCAUCGAAUCGGUUGACCACAAGAAAACGCCCAACCUGGACGCCUUCAUCGAGGUCAUGAAAGCCAUCCCUGACCGCGCCCGCAUAGUCGUCACGUACAAGCAUCUCCGCGAUCUCCAUACCCUGAAUACCUCCGUCAUCUACAUCGACAGGCAUUGGUCUUCCAAGAUGAAGAUGGCGGUGCGCAAUGACCAGACAGGACUGUGGGACUUUGAGGAGGUUGGCAAAGCCCUCCCCCGCGCCCCCGUCACGCGUUCGGCUUCCUUUAUCCAACUCGAGCACACCUCCCACCCCGCCGUUGCCGAUCUCGUGCGAAGCUUCGUGCAUGUCAACUGCAACAUGCCCCUAAAACUAGACGGCUUCCCAAAGAAUCGUAAAUGGGGCAUGGGACUGGUGAUUGACGCCGAAAAGGGCCUUGUCAUCAUCUCGAGAGCCGUCGUUCCCUACGACCUCUGUGACAUCACCAUCACCAUUGCCGAUUCUAUCGUCAUGGACGGCAAGGUAGUCUUCAUGCACCCGCUCCAAAACUACGCGGUCGUCCAGUACGACCCUAAGCUCGUCGACGCGCCCGUGCAGAGCGCGAGGCUAGGGAACGGCGAGCUCGCGCAAGGCGCCGCCACACACUUUAUCGGCUACAACCGUAUCGGACGCAUCGUACACGCCGCCACCACCGUUACCGAGAUUACCGCCGUGGCCAUCCCCGCCAACUCGGGUGCGCCCCGAUACCGCGCUGUCAACGUCGACGCCAUCACCGUGGAUACCAACCUCGCUGCCCAGUGCGGGAGCGGCGUCCUCGUAGGGACGGACGGAACCGUCCAGGCCCUCUGGCUUACCUACCUCGGCGAGCACAACUCGUGUGCGUCCCGUGACGAGGAGUACCACCUCGGCCUCGCCACGCCCACGCUACUACCCGUCGUUUCCCAAAUUCAGCAGGGCAUCGUGCCGAAGCUCCGGAUGCUCUCGGUAGAGUUCCGCGCGAUUCACAUGGCGCAGGCGCGCGUCAUGGGCGUGUCGGAAGAAUGGAUCAAGAAGGUUUCCGAGGCCAACAAGUCUCACCACCAGCUCUUCAUGGUUAGCAAGCGGACGUUUGAGCGCGGUCCCGCAGGCCGCAGCGCCCUGCUCGAAGGCGAUAUUCUCCUGACCCUGAACGGGAAAAUCAUCACCAAGGUAUCGGAGCUUGAUGUCAUGUACUCCCAUGAGGUCUUGGACGCCGUCAUCGUGCGCAACUGCGACGAGAUCCAAAUGAAGGCCAACACUGUACUCGCCGACGAUGUGGAGACGGACCACGCCAUCUGGUUCUGCGGUGCCAUCCUGCAUCGCCCCCACCAUGCCGUGCGGCAGCAAAUCAGCAAGCUUCCCAGCGAAGUCUACGUUUCCGCGAGAACCCGCGGCUCGCCCGCAUACCAAUACGGACUCGCUCCCACGAAUUUCAUCACCCAUGUCAACGGAAAACCCACAAAGGAUCUCGAUACCUUCCUCGCUACGAUUCGGGAGAUUCCUGACAAUACUUACUUCCGACUCAAGGCUGUUACCUUUGACUGCGUGCCGUGGGUAGUGACGAUGAAGAAGAACGACCAUUACUUCCCCACGGUUGACUGGAUCAAGGAUGCCAGCGACCCUUGCGGUUGGAGACGAGUCACUUAUGAGUCUGGGCAAGUCAUUCAGGGAGAUGCCGUAGACGGGGUUGAUCCCGACCCGGCGAAUGCCGAGGUCGAUGCUGCCAGUGCGGAAGCGUAA